AUGGCAAACCCACAUCAAAUAGCUAAUGAAUUUCCAUCUUUUGAUUUAGGCAUUGAAGACUCUGAGAAUUUAUCAAAUCUCAUUGUUGAAGACUCUCUGGAUUUGAACAAAGUUCCUGAAGUAGUUCUAACUCCAACAAAUGAAAGUGCAGAAAAUCUCGCUCCAAAGAAUGAAAGUGAAGAUGCUCUAACUCCAACAAAUGAAAGCACCAUUGUUGAAUUACUAGAUAUGAGUGAUUUUGAUCUGAACAAAUUACCGGCAUUGGACUUCGGUGUCAAGCAAGAAGAGGUUAAAGACAUGAUAAAAAUUUAUUUAGAUUAUUUGAACUAG